GUCAAAAGCCUUCACAGAUGCUGUGGGAGCCAUCUGUGACAGACACCUCUGCAACAACUCUCUGAAAGCCUCCAAGGGAACAAAAAAUGAAGCUUGUCCUCCAAGCCACGCUGUCCAUUGGGCUGCUGGCAUUGUGUUUUGCAGCUUCUCCUGUAAAAUGGUGCACAAUAUCGCCCCCUGAGCAGGCCAAGUGUCAAAGGGUGCAGGAAUGCUUAAGUGCCAAUCCAUCUGUGGGUGUGCCACAGUUAAACUGUGUGAAGAAGACUGCUCCCCAUGAGUGCAUAGAGGCCAUUGCACACUCCGAGGCAGAUGCCAUCACCCUUGACGGUGGUCUUGUUUUUGAAGCAGGCCUCAGCCCUCAUAACCUGAAGCCAAUUGUAGCUGAAGUUUAUGGCACAAGUACAGGAGGAGACUCUGUUACCAGUUACUAUGCUGUGGCUGUUGUGAAGAAAGGCACAGUCUCUUCCCUUAGUGAUCUCAAAGGGAAGAAAUCUUGCCAUACUGGCUUGGGCAGAUCUGCAGGCUGGAAUAUUCCAAUGGGGAGGCUGGUGGCUCAUGGCUUUAUAGAAUGGGCUGGAGCAGAAACGGAACCUAUAGAGAAAGCUGUAGCCAGGUUUUUCUCAGGCAGCUGUGUCCCAGGUGCCAAAGAUGAGCCAAAUCUGUGCCGCUUAUGUGCUGGAAAAGGUGCUGAAAAAUGUUCCCGGAAUGAUCCCUAUGCUGGAUAUACUGGAGCUUUAGAGUGUCUGAAAUCUGGAGGAGGAGAUGUGGCCUUUGUCAAAGAUGCAACUGUACUAGAUCUCAAUGAGGAAGAAAGGAAGAAAUAUGAGCUGCUUUGUGAUGAUGGCACUAAGAAGCCAAUUGAACAGUAUAAAAAGUGUUCCCUGGCUAGAGUUCCUGCUCAUGCAGUGGUAGCACGAAGUGUUGACAAUCGGGCAGAUGACAUCUGGGCAGUCCUCUCUAGAGCAAAGGAACACUGCCAACUUUUUGGUUCCCCUCAAGGUUCCCCCAAAGACCUCCUAUUCAAGGAUUCUGCUAAAGAUCUUAUCCGUGUCCCUGAGAUAAUGGAUUUUCAACUCUACCUGGGCUCCAAGUACUGUACUGCUUACCAGAGUAUCAGAAAAGCUAGAGUUUCUCGCGAUGAAGCAGAGAAGGUCACAUGGUGUGCAGUGGGCAAGGCUGAACAGACAAAGUGUGACUUGUGGAGUGGACUGAGCAACGGUCGCAUUGAGUGUGCUGUGGCAGAAACUACACAAGACUGCAUUAUCAAGAUCCUAAAAGAGGAGGCCGAUGCCAUAAGCUUGGAUGGAGGACACAUCUACACUGCAGGACUGUGUGGUUUGGUGCCAGUGGCAGCUGAAGUCUACUCUGACCCUGCGCCAUGCAGCAAUCCAGAAAGGGAGACAACAGCAACAGGCUACACUGCUGUAGCUGUUGUCAAGAAAGCUAAUAAGGGAUUCACAUGGAAGACCUUGAAAGGAAAGAAGUCUUGCCACACUGGGGUUGACAGGACAGCUGGCUGGAACAUCCCCAUGGGCUUGAUUUACAAGGAGAACAAUAGGAGCUGUGAUUUUGAUAAAUUCUUCAUUGAAGGCUGUGCACCAGGAUCACCACCUGAAUCUCCACUCUGCAAGCUGUGCAAGGGCAGUGGGGGCGAAGGAGCCCUCUCUGACAGAUACAAGUGCAAACCUAACAGCAAUGAGCUGUACUAUGGCUACAGCGGUGCUUUCCGGUGUUUGAUUGAGGCAGGAGAUGUAGCCUUUGUUAAACAUACCACAGUCACUGACAACACAGAAGGAGAGAACAGACCUGCUUGGGUAGGCAACUACAGGGCGACAGAUUUUCAACUUCUGAGUGUGGAUGGCCAGCGUUGUGAGAUUGACCAAUAUGCAACAUGUGGUCUGGCCACAGUUCCCACUCAUGGAGUAGUAACAAGACCUGAACGAAGAGAGAUCGUCCUUCGUGUGCUGCUUGGCCAACAGGCUCUCUAUGGCAAUACUGCAACAAAAAAAGAUGAUUUCCAAUUGUUCCAAUCUGAAACCAAAGAUAGUUUGUUCAAAGAUGGCACCAAGUGCUUAGUUAACAUAAAAUACAAGACCUUUGAGGAUUAUCUUACCAAGCAGUACCUGGAUUCUCUUGCUGGACUCAAGACGUGCUCACCUUCAGAACUCCUUAAGGCCUGCACCUUCCACCAUCAUGAUGACUAAUCUGAUGAGCGGCAGCUCCUUGCAAUAAAACAGAUGACCUGGAAACAUCAUUCUUUCUUGUCUGAACCUGGGGAUCUGUCUGACUUUCUCUUUUCUCCUUAACAUCACAACAAAGUGUUCAAGCUUCUCCUUGUAUGGCUUUAUAACUCCUUGGUGUCACUUGUGCAAAUAAAUAAAUAAAAUUAAUACUCACAAGCUA